AUGAUUUUAAUGUACAUAAAUCUGUGGCUGCUCAAGGGCCACUUAAGCACACCACCCCUCGACCGAUGCAGCAGGAACUUCUAUACGAAAAACCCCAUCGGGCAAUGCGACACACCAAUCGCAAACAACUUCAGCAUGCUCCACAAUCAUGUAAAAGCAACUGCCAAUGUCAUACCUCACUCUGAUGCGCUUUCGGGCCUGAGUGGACGCAGUCAUCGCCAGCCCUGGCUUCAGCAGUGGCCACUGCUGCAGGAGACAGCAAUGCAGGGUGCUGUGCACAAUAAACCCCUUUCAGUUGUGUCUUCUGUCUUCUCCAACACCCUCCGAUUUGGUCUGAUGAUUAUAGUGCUCUAA